AUGCCGUGUGUCCAGACCCAGUGCGGCUCCUCUCCACAGGGAGCCAGCCCGGCCUCUCAGAGCACCGGCGGAGAGCGCAGCUGCGACUUCCUCACCCCGGAGUUUGUCAAGUUCAGCAUGGAUCUUACUAACAGUGAAAUGUCGGCUGCAUCAUCGGGUCCCAGUUUUGGCUGUCUGGGUGACACUUAUGUCUCUGGGUACGACGUGAAGCCCCCGUGUCUCUUCCAAAUGCCAGUGCAGGGGGAGCUUCCGUGCGUCAAGGUGGAGGAUGCACACGGGUGUCCGCGAUAUCAGCCGAAUCAGCAUCAGCAGUCCGAGGAGCUGCUCUCCCCCCCGGGCUCUGUUUAUUAUUACCGGUCUCCGUCGCCACACGCCCCCAUCACAUCCAACUUCCAAACUCCACCGGGACACAUAUGGGAAGACUCCGGGUCUCUGUACAGCUUUCGACAAGACUAUUUAGCAGCAGCCCACAGGAAAAACACUUUAUCCAGAUUCUCGUUGUUUUCCCUCAAACACGCGCAACAUCAGAGCUUAUCCACUUGCCAUGAAAUGAAGUUUGACGGAUCUCUCCAUGUGUCCAUGAACCUGGACGCGGCCGGGGCGCACCAGCCGCUGGACAGCCCCGGGGUGCUGGGCUCCACUGCCCUCGGAAAGCAGUCCGGGGUGGGAUUUCCUCACCCUCUCCAGCUCGCCCACGGCCACCACUUUAUGGACUAUCAGACCACUUCCGCCGCCAGCCGAGGACCGCUGAGCACGGAGGGGCUGUGCGCGGUGUGCGGUGAUAACGCCGCGUGCCAGCACUACGGCGUGCGCACCUGUGAGGGCUGCAAGGGAUUCUUCAAGCGCACAGUACAAAAAAAUGCCAAGUAUGUGUGUUUGGCUGCCAAAAGCUGCCCUGUGGACAAGCGUAGGAGGAACCGCUGCCAAUAUUGUCGCUUCCAGAAGUGCCUCGCGGUGGGAAUGGUCAAAGAAGUGGUGAGGACAGACGGUCUGAAAGGUCGAAGGGGUCGCCUGCCGUCCAAACCCAAAGCUGUUCCGGACUCGUCUUCUCCUGUCAGCGCCCUUCUGAGCGCCCUCAUUAGGGCCCACGUGGAAUCGAACCCUCCACCCUCUCUCCCUGACUGCUUCAAGUUCAAGGAGAGUCCAGGAAGCCCACCGGGAGACGACGCUCACCAUGUGAGGCAGUUCUAUGACCUCCUGACCAGAUCGAUGGAGGUGAUUCGAGGUUGGGCACAGAAGAUCCCAGGGUUCACUUCCCUGCCCAAACACGACCAAGACCUCCUCUUCGACUCUGCUUUCCUGGAGCUCUUUGUUUUACGACUGUCGUACAGAUCCAAGCCAGAGGAAGGGAAGCUGAUCUUCUGCGACGGCUCAGUGUGGCACCGGCUCCAGUGCCUGCGGGGCUUUGGGGAGUGGAUUGACAGCAUCGUCGAAUUCUCCACUAAUCUGCAGAGGAUGAACCUGGAUGUAUCCACCUUCUCCUGCAUAUGCACCCUCGCCCUGGUCACCGAGCGACACGGGCUGAAGGAGCCGCAGAAAGUGGAGGAGCUGCAGAACAACAUCGUCAGGUGCAUGAAGGACAGCGACGGGGGCUCAAACUGUUGCUCCAACCAUUUGUCAAGACUUCUGGAAAAACUGCGCGAACUUCGCACUCUGUGCAUCCAGGGCCUGCAGAGGAUUUUCUAUUUGAAGCUGGAGGAUUUGGUGCCGCCGCCUGCAAUAAUAGAUAAGUUAUUCCUCGACACGCUGCCAUUUUAGAGACAUACGAGAAGACACAUGGGGACGGAUUCUUUAGUCCCAGCGGUCACUCCCGACAGUUUGAUUCCUGUCCACAAAAUAUUUUAAGAUCUAACAUCUUGCUAAAUCGAGUUUUCCUCAAAACAAAUAAAAACGAGUGUGAUUUCCGACGCACGGAAGUUUAUUUAAAGAGUUACGACAGCUUGGGUCAACACCUACCCGCAAUUUCCCUCAUGAUAUCAACCGAUCUGCUUUGCAAAAUUUCAACACCACAGUGACGUGACUUUUUCACCCAUUACGCCAGGAUCCAAAAGACCAAAUGCAUUGCUGCCUGCAGGAAAGGAGAAGCCCACAGUCCUGCUUUGUCUUAUUUUUAUAAUCCCGUGUCGGCAGGUUAUGAGCCUGCGCAGACUCCUGUAGAGUCAGUUUUGAUACGAGUCUGUCCCCCUCAUGUCCAGGUUUUUCAUGACAUAUGUUAUCCAUGUGAUAUUAAGUAGAAUGUUGUGUUCUCAGAAUAAACUGUUCACUGUCCAUGUUUUAAUAAAUAAAUGAAUAAAUGACCGUUAGCC